AUGCAGACAGCCAACAACCCCAUCUCCCACCACACUAGCCACACCAUGGGCCAAGGCGCCGCCAGCAGCAACGGCGGCGACAAUAGCAGCGGAACGCAUUGCGUGGGUCACCAUACGAGCCACACCAUGGGCAAUGGUGCCAGCAGCAGCAGCUCUGGUGCCAAUGGGGGAGGUGGGGUUGGACGCAACGGCAGCGUCCUGGAAGCCUCCCUAACGAGCCCUGACAUUAACGAUUUGAACACAACUACAACUAUCGACGACGAUACCGACUCUCUCGCCGACAGCAUCAGCGAUCUCACCGAUGGAGGUGCCAGCUCUGGAGCUACCUCGAUGCGCUCCUCUGUCAACUUGGCUAACUUUAGCAUCAUCGACACCACCCUGCGCGAGGGCGAGCAGUUUGCUACGGCCCAUUUUGAUACCGAGACCAAGAUCAAGAUCGCUCAGGCUCUCGACGAGUUUGGAGUCGAAUAUCUCGAACUGACUUCGCCUGCUGCGUCUGAGCAGUCCAAGCUGGAUUGCCAGGCCAUCUGCAAGCUGGGUCUCAAGGCCAAGAUCCUUUGCCACAUUCGAUGCAACAUGGAUGAUGCCAGGAUUGCCGUCCAGACUGGCGUCGACGGAAUCAACAUGUGCAUCGGCACGUCUGCUCAGCUCAUGAAGCACUCCCACGGCAAGGACCUGGACUGGAUCGCCAAGAAGGCCACCGAGGUCAUCCAGUUCGCCCAGUCCCACGGCGUCGAGGUCCGCUUCUCCGGCGAGGACUCUUUCCGCUCCGACUUUAGCGAGAUCAUUAAGCUGUACUCGCUCGUCGACCGUCUUGGCGCCCAGAGAGUGGGCAUUGCUGACACGGUGGGAGGAGCCACCUGGCGUGAGGUCGAUGAAAAGAUCUCGACCCUUCGACAGGUCAUCAGCUGCGACAUCGAGACUCACUUCCAUAAUGAUACUGGAUGCGCCGUCUCCAACGCCUUUACUGCCCUUGAGGCUGGCGCUACACACAUUGACACGACCGUCCUGGGUAUUGGAGAGAGGAACGGAAUUACCUCUCUCGGAGGCCUCAUGGCCUCUCUGAUGUACUCGGAGCACAAGUCUGUCCUGAACAAGUACAAGCUCGAGAAGCUAGCCGCUCUCGAAGAGUUGGUGGCCAAGGCCGUCGACGUGGAGAUCCCUUGGAACAACUUUGUCGUCCCCGCCAAUUUUUGA